CACCGCAAGCGUACAGCAGUAGGCCUCUCGGUUGUUUACGUUUUUUAUUCGUAACCAUAAAACAAAAAUGCUGCAAUUACUGAUCACACAAACUGCAUAAAAGUCAUAUGAAUCACACGUGAAGCACGUUCGCCGAGGGUGCUUAAGUUAGCAAGUGCAAAAAUCCCUCCUGCAUGUGCCGAAAAUCGGGUGCGCUUCUCUGCUGCCCAGUGCGGUAAGUGCACAGGUUCAUCCCGGCCCACAGCGGAAAGGUGUCACCAGUCGCGGCCGACCGAACCGAACGUCCGUAAAUAGGUGCGCUAUCCCUCUGGGUGUGUGCGACCGAAGUGGCCGCGUUUACGUGUGUGUAUGAUGCAACGGAACAUAUCCGCAGCAAUUAGUGACGGUCCCAUAGUAGGCACAGAUUUUCUUUUCUCGCGAGUAUAAUUAUAUCGCGAAACGACCACCUCCCCCUGAUGCUGCCGAUUCGUGCAAAUGUCAAAAUUCAUCUCGUGCCGCGAAAGGAUUGACCAGCAAGAAACGGGUGGCUUCGAGUACGGUGUGGUACGUCCUCUGGGUGUCUGGGGGGACGGUAGGAGUAUGAUUCUUUCAUGGUGCUGCUUCUCCCACGAAUAAAGUAAGCGACGCGGUGAAGAUCGAUACCGAGAGAGAGAGAGAGAGAGAGAGAGAGAGAGUUCCGAGUGAAGGAAGAAAUCGGCGCGCAACCGGCAUACUUUCCGAACCCUCGGACUCGGAAGCCACGCCGGGGAGUCGUAGUGAUAGUAGUGUACCAGCACGCUGGAGCAAAGAGCAAAUCGGUCGGAAGAAAAACCGUUCCCUCCGUUAAUGAUAGGUCUCGGUGGCGCCGAUUGACGGCGAGACACGGCUGCUUUUCCCGCUACCACGGCCAACGCUCUCUUGGCAAUUGGAAAACUCGACGAGGAGGCUCACAUAAUAAAGCUUCAAUAGCAAACAACGGUUGGUCAACCACCAUUGGCUGAAUUCAGGUUUAGUGUAGGAAAAGUGCAGUGGAAAACGCGUAUGCAAAAAUAGUGCCCCUUAAGAGAGGGAAAAUCAAUCAAAGUGAUCGGGGUGAAUAGAAGCAAGUGGAGUGAGUGUUGUGCGACUAUUAGUUCCAGUAAAUCACCAGUUCCUUUAGCCUGUAAAGGGGUUGUUGUGCAGCGAAAAGAAUACAACACACAGCCCACUCCUACAAGCAACCGGAGAACAACCGGGAGCCGUAGUAGGCCUCCCGAGGAAAAGCAGUACAGCCAACAUUCCCCGGGGACGCUGCCAAAUAGUGUCCAGCUGGCUGGGAGGUUCGUUUGCAAGGGUCAGCAUAGAUCAAUUGCUGCGGCGAUUCGAAUGACGGACGUCCCGAGUUCCCCCGUCCGUCCGGUUCACUGUUGACGGUCUUAUGAAUGUGGGUGCCUUUUAGCAGACAGCACUAGUGCAUCGUUUCGGCAGCGCGUGCUAGUAGUUUUAUUCGCGCUUCCUGUUUUACGGCAACCAGUGCGUGUAUGUGUGCCAAUGCGAGCGGGUCGCAUUUAUAUCGAGUAUUGUAAAUAGAUGAUUCCAUAGAGCUUAAACAUGUUGCUCGCUCAUGAUUACAACAGUAGGCGCUCGUCGAUAGCAUCAUCCCAGUCGCGCAACAUUCGAAUCACAGUGCUGAAAAACAUGUUCAAAAAGAUGGCCCUCACCAGGUCAGCACUGAAGAAGGCGCUGGUGGUGUUAUUUAUCAGCGCGCUGGUCAGCUGCCUGCUGCUGCUGUACUGGAACGACAGUUCCGAGUCGCCCAAACCGUCCACCUCCAUGUCCAUGGGCAUCUACAAUACGCACAUCUAUGGCAGCGCGGAAAGUACGAUGGCUGGUGGUGAUAGCCUUCGAACCAGUGCCAUCCCUGUAAACCCCAUCGAACGUUCGUGGACGUACAAAUGCGUCAACAAUCGAUGCGUGCGGCACCAUUUCGUGGACGGCGUUGAGGAGGACUUUGACACGAACGCACACCAGCAGCAAUCACCCCAGCAGCAGUCCCACGGAGGACCGCUGGGCAGUGGCGGAAGCAGCAGCAGCGGCAGUAGCAGCACGAACUCUGGCAGCUCAUCCGGCAAACGUAUACCGCACCUUACCUGUGCGAUGACCUGCGGACCAAUCAAUAUCUGGCCACAGCCGACCGGUGCCACCACGAUCGGUAGCAAAACGUCCCGCUUUCGGCUGUCGGACAUGCACGUCAAAAUCGUGACCCGGUUCGAGCCGGUCGAGAAGCUGCUCCACGAAGCGUACGACGUGAUGCGGUCCGAGAUACGUGGUGUAAUGGUGGCGCACGGUGCCAGCUUGGAGGAGAUCGAAGGUGCGCUACCGGCCGGUACCGUUCCCGUGGGACUGCAACCAUCGGCAACCGAGCAGCGACCGAUGGCGACGGAAGUGAAUGAUGCGGCAACGGCCGGACGAAGACCGAGUACGGUGGAUGCCGGUGUGGGCAAGAUUCAUUUCUUUAAGCUGGUCAGCGACAAACGGUACGAUGUGGAUGCGUUCGAGGUGAACGUGCACGUGGAGAAGUCGGCCGAUACGCAUCUGACGCUGCAUACGGACGAAAGCUACAAUAUGACGGUGACGCAUUCUGCUAGGGUGUUGAUCGUAAAAAUAUCUGCCAAUACAUUCUUCGGUGCGAAGCAUGGACUUACCACGUUGCAGCAGUUGAUCUGGUUCGAUGACGAGGAGCGUACGCUGAAAGUGCUGAACAAGGCGUCCAUUGAGGAUGUGCCAAAAUUUAAUUACCGUGGCCUUAUGCUCGAUACCUCCCGGCACUACUUCUCGGUGGACUCGAUCAAGCGCACGCUCGUCGGCAUGUCCCACUCGAAGCUGAACCGGUUCCACUGGCACAUUACCGACUCGCAGAGCUUCCCACUAGUCUCCAAGCACUAUCCUCAGCUGGCCCGGUACGGCGCAUACUCCGAGCGUGAAGUGUACACCCCAGACGAUGUACGAGCGCUGACAGCGUUUGCCAAAGUCCGCGGCAUCCAAAUUAUCCCGGAGAUUGACGCCCCGGCACACGCCGGCAACGGUUGGGAUUGGGGCCCGAAGCAUGGUCUCGGCGAACUGAGCCUGUGCAUUAAUCAGCAACCCUGGAACAACUACUGCGGCGAACCACCGUGCGGUCAGCUUAACCCGAAAAACAAUAACACCUACCUGAUCCUGCAGAAGCUGUACGAAGAGUUGCUGGAAAUUGUGGGCCCACUCGACUACUUCCACAUCGGCGGUGACGAGGUGAAUCUGGAGUGUUGGCAGCAGCACUUUAACGAUUCCGACAUGCGCACGCUUUGGUGUGACUUUAUGCAGCAAGCCUACCACCGGCUACAGCUGGCCAGUGGGCAGAACGGUACCGCACCACGGAUGGUUGGGGUGUGGUCGAGCGGGCUUACCAGUGCACCGUGCCUCUCGAAGAAUACGUUCGCGGUGCAGGUGUGGGGUGGUAGCAAGUGGCCCGAAAACUUCCAGCUCAUCAACAGCGGGUACAGCCUGGUUAUAUCGCACGUGGACGCGUGGUAUCUGGACUGUGGCUUCGGCAGUUGGCGAUCGACGGGCGAAGGUGCCUGUUCACCGUACCGCAACUGGCAGACCGUCUACAAGCAUCGGCCGUGGGAAGAGAUGAAGCUGACCUCGCUGCAGAUGCGCCAGAUUUUGGGUGGUGAGGCGUGCCUCUGGACGGAACAGGUGGACGAAUCGCUGCUCGACACGCGCCUUUGGCCCCGUGCCUCCGCCCUGGCCGAACGGUUGUGGACCGACCCGACCGAGGAACGGUACAGCGAAUCGGUCCCGCUCGAGGUGUACAACCGGAUGUCGGUGUUCCGCAACCAUCUGCUCGAGCUGGGAUUGCGCGCGGAACCAAUCUUCCCGAAGUACUGUGGCCAGAAUCAGGACGAGUGUGUAUGAUAUUACGUGAACCCGUUCUACUAAAGAUUGUGAUCACGGUAAGACGGUACAAGCGGCGCGUCGUAAGCGGCAUUUGUGGUUGUGAUAACUUUGACAAACAGAGGGCUUCUUCUUCUUCUUCUGAUACGCCCUCCAGCUUUGGUUCGUGCAGCUGCACAAGUGCACUGCGGCAGUAGGAUAUUAGUGGCGUCUGAGCCUAUCGGACCGGUUUGCAGCAAGCAGACACAAAUAAAAAGGGAACAUAUAUUUAGGGAAACGCUUGAAACUCAUGAUAUUACUAUGACCAACAAUCAUGGAAGGAUAGUGGGCAAAUGGCGCUCUUUGGUCGAGUGCCGAGUGAAGGGUAACGUGCGAGAGUGGGACAUAUUUGUUUGUUGUUAGAUGUUUAUGAAAGGAAGCGCAAACGUGAAUAUACUGAUACGAUUGUACAUAGUUUGUAAAUGAAUGAAUUAGCGUACGGUAGAUACUUAUUUGGAGGUUUCAGUCUAGCGCUAGCAAACACACCACUAUAGUCUAUAUAACCUACAGCACGUAGUGUUUAGCAAUAAUGAUAAGGGAGAGGAUAGUAAUAAUAGAAACAUCUAUAUUCGUUUGGAAUUGUUUUUAACACAAAUUUUCCGGAAACUACUGUAGCAUUGUUAGGAAAUUAGCUCACUUAUAAAGAAGCACUCCACUGGAAGGAUCAGUGAGGAAGGUUGUAUGUUCACUAGGAAGAUGGGACACAUUACGGAAGACAUCGUCCGAUGGAAAAGGAAUCAUUUAAAGAACAGAGCAAAGCUAUAUUGAGUCUCCAGCCCUCCUUUUUUAAAGUACUCCAUGCGUUCCUCCGUCAUCGUACCUCAACACGAACCUAGGACACAGGCAAGAGUGGUGCCGGUAGAGAGCGGUAGAAAGUAUUUGCUCGCAUGUACUUAAGCGAUACGAUACGAUCGUUGAGAUUAUGCUAACGCCAUACCGCCCAUGGUACAAUCAUGCACACACUACAUAAGCUUGCAAGGAUGUUUGGGGCUCACAACUCACAGGCAGACCCAAAUGACCCCCGCUAGGAAUGAUCGAGCUUUUUUAAGGUAAGGUAUUGGAGGCGGCCCGGUCUUCACACGGCAGGAUUGAGGUUCAAAUCGCAUCAUAGUGAGGACUUACAACUAUCCAACUAUGCGGUAUCAGCCAGUCUAGUAAGCCAGAAAUGGCAGGCAUCAUAGGCCUAUGAGGUCGUUAGGCCAAGAGGCAGAAGAGAAGAAGAAGGGAGGGUACGUAUUUGAGACUAAUAAUUUCACUCGUGUAGAAAUACCCCCGGUAUACCUGUAGACGAUGAUUUCGUAGGAUUAAGAGCUUUUCUGUUCGUUUUUUGUUCUCUCAUUUACCAAUCACCACGAUGUGUUUUUGGAAUAGAAGUGUUUGGUGAGAUUAAAGAGACCCCCAAAAAGAGAUAUCUAGUUCGUGUUAUUCCGUUUGUUGUUAGCUAAUGUUGCUUUAAUUUGGUUGGGUGGAAGGAAAACACACUAAACGAUACAAGCCAUACGAAGAAAAGCUUCCGCGUGGUUCCGUUUUGCCAAACAACACUCUAUCUCUCUCCCACAAGCUCGUCCCUGUUUCGAGUAUAUUGUGGAAUUAGUGUGACUAUGCAUUAGAAGAACAGACUAAUUUUUGAAAAUGGAUUCGUAAAAUAUUAAAGGGAUUAAAUUCCUGUACUUUUUACGUUCAAGAAGUAUUCUUCAAAAAUAUUACUACAUCUUCCACAGACUAUCGUGUGAAUAGAUUCCGGCGUGGUUUAAGCUCUCGCGAGGUUCUAAUUAUUCGGUUAAUCCUCCAUCUAAAUUAAAGAACUCUUCAAAAAAAUCCUUCAAUUGAGGUUUUGCUGUUGUUAAAGGUAGUUGUAGUCUCCUCUAUCAACGGGACACGGUUACCGCCGUCUAAAGUCCGCUGAAUUUGAAUGAUUGUUUAGUACUGAAAAAUGGACUUGUGAAACGCUUCGUAAUCGAGAUUUUGAUCUCCUCUAGCGGAAUAGAUUCUCUAACCUUAGGCCUCAAGAUACGAAAUUAUAAAGCCUCCAAGUCCUUGAAUACCUUCAGUUAAAAAUGCUUCUGGAGCCCUCUCCUGGCGUACAAAAGCUUUUCAAUGAUCAGCAUAUGGUUCUCAUUGGUAGUUCUCGAUUCUUGGCCAAUUUGUCCAGAGGUAACGCUGAUAGUACAAACAAAACUUCAAAUGAAUUCUCAACAAUAUUAACCAAAAAUCUUUUGCAUUACUUUCUUUCAAGCAAUCAGGUUUGUUCAAGACGUAAAAAAGGCCGAAAAUUUUGAAAAAAAAAGUCAAGGACCAAACUGUAAGUUGUGCUUUUUUCCAACGAAGUUUUCUGCCUGUUAUGAAGAGGAUAGAUCGCAAGAGAAUCCUUCAAAUUAGUCUAUUUUUUCAUUUGCAUUCGUUAGUAGCAAGUCUACUUCAAGUUCUCUGAGAUAGCUGGCGAUAAAAAACCCUCACACAAGAGAGAGCUGAACUUUGUUUAAUUGUCAAACGACCAAAAUUUGUCUGAUACUCAGCAAGAAGUAGAUGGGAGGAUUUCCUUCUGUACAGUAAUAUGCCACUCAUCACACAACACAGAACAAAAACCAAUGUUCCAUGCGCAAUGUGCAGCCCUUUUCCUUUUUCCCCGGGGCGAUUACGACUCACUAUAAGGAACACUUAUUCAGAUAGAAACUUUUUUAUACGAAAGCAGCACCAAGGGAACGGCGAUGCUGUGUAGGUGAAACGUAAUGAAGCGAGAAAACACGCCGUACGAGUGCCGGAGAGCCAUAGUUUCGUAGUUUAGGUAUUUAACUUAAGCAAGCAACUCAAUCAUUGCACCACAUACGAUUGCCGUCUUGGUUAGAUUUAUUCUGUUACUAAACUGUAGGCAUUUUAGGAUAAAAACCGCAGGAAACGGUACAUUGCAAUGAGCACAUAAUUAGAGCGGACAAGUGCAGUUUUGUAAUGUGGAUUGCAUACACCAAUUCGGUGUCAGUGGCGCUGUUUGUUUAUUAAUUUUUAAACUGUUGAUUUCAGAGUAAUAUUUGCUUGAGUGCGAUAACAGAAAGUACAAUUGAAAACCAUUAAAAAAGUUUGCAAAUGGUGAGAUGUGUGUGUGUGCGUGUGUGAACCCUAUGUUUUACUACGUUUCGAGAUUAGUCGUAUGGGGCUCUCUUCACAUCGGUUCGGUUUUGUCUCUUUAUUGGUAGCGUAAUAAAUGAAAACGGAUCAUGAUAA